GCUGCUCGCUGCUCGCCCGGCUUCCGCUUCGCGCGUCCGCGUCCGGGGUCCGGUCCGUUCCGUCACGUCGCGUGGCUGGCUACUUUACUUGUUCGUCCGACCCUCCGACAACUGUCAAACUCCUGGCUGAUUAAACAGUGCCGAUAUCCUUGAACAAACACAAUUCCCUCUUCUUGGGCUGCGAGAUGAGACAAUGUGAUCUUCCGUGAGGCUCGAAUAAAAAAAAAAACACUCGUGAAAAUUCGAUCCACUUUUCUCUGAUCAAUACAAUGACCGAUUGUGAAUCGAUCAAACGCUAUUCGAUCUUCUAUUCAUAGGACGUGAGAAUGUGACGAUUAAAGUCUUAAUUCCAAGAUUUUUAAAUCUAAUUCUGGAAUUUGAAUCAUUCAUCGUUGGUUCACAGUCUUCUCCUCUUUUGUGGUACCAGAAAGUGACAAGUUUACACGUGAAGAUCUUCAGUUAAAUUAAUUACGAACACUUAUCGUAGCGAGUUCGAUGAUACGAAUCAGACGAGAGUUCGAUAAUGAUAUGAGUCAGAAGGAAACAGGAUUAUCUAUCAUAAUCGUGAUCGCAGGAAGUCUCGAUUCAAAGAUCACGAAGAAAUAGUGCAGCAAUUAUAAAGUUAAUCAUAAAAGAAAGACGGAUGUCGAAUGAACGACCAAAUUGUUAACAGCAAGCUUCGUGUAAGAAAUAACAGAACUAAUGACGAACAAGGAGGAAUUCUGUCACGUAAACACGGCAAAAUAAAUGGGUCGAUAGCGCUAGUGAAUAGAGCGAGAGGUUCAUUGAUAUUUCCAGUGUGCAAUGAUACGCGUCGCUGUUAACACCCGUACCGAUCACACGUUCUUAUUUACUGACGGGUCCGACCAACGUCGAACUAACUCGACUCCCAACGAUCUCUACGUGCCGUUAAUUAAUCUCAUACGUUUGCGCGAAACCACGUAACGUUUAUACUCUGUAUGAGAUAACACAAAUUGGCUAAAUCUAAACGAUCUAUGUUUAAAUCGAGGAGCUAACAGCGAAUUUCCGGUGAUUGUUCGAUCGAUAAGAAUCUGGAAUCUCAUUGAGGAGACGAUAAGAUGUGCUACGGCUGUUAUCGCUCGGCGACGAUUUUCAAAGUAACACACGAGAAAGGAGCGUAAUCUUUUUAUCCGACAAACGAAGUGUAGCGGACGAAACGUCGAGCCUCCGCGAUAAAAAUGAAUGUAAGUCAUUAACGGCUUAAUUAGCCCAGUAAAGAGAGCAAAUGCGAAUCGAACUCUGGUUCCGGACGAAAACAUCGAGUGACUCCCUCGAUAGUGCUGCGACGAGUUUUAGAGCAAAGACAAGGACAAAUCUCAUUCGUUGGAUGAGCAGAGAAAUCGAGUUGACAAGGAUAGAGUGCGAAUAGAGAUAGUAAUCGAACACACGUUGUGCGAUGCGAGAGAGCAAGAGGACAGUGCGAUACCGACGGUGCGCGCUGUGAGACUGCGAAGGGUAGUCCCCGGUCCCUUUUCGCUUUGGCACGACAUCGUGGGUAACAACGAUGGACCUUAGCACGACCCCGAGAAGAGCGACGGACGGUGUGUCCGAUUUGCAGAAGACGCGGGUCGCAAAAAGCGUCUUCAGCAUCCGAAGCUUGGUCGACGUCGAGGAGGCGGAAGUUCCCGUGGUCGAGGAUUCUGAGUCAUCGCUAAAUCAUUUAACGCGCGGAGGAGGCGGAGGUGGAGGAGGAGGAGGAAGCGAAGAGCAGGGUGUCCCGCAGACGAGUCCUGCGAGCAGCACGAGUAGCUCGAGCCAGGUAAAUCCGGUGAACGUACAACAACAGGCUCAUCAACCACAAUCGCUUUCGACGACGACGAUAACACCUACAACGACGACAGCAAUAGUCCAGUCGAAUCAAAUGGGAAUCAGUACGGAAGAUGUGAGGGCCGAGGACGAGGGCAACCACCCUAGAGCAGCGCCUACCAGCCCUGAAAGCGAAACCGAGGUCGACGACUUCACACCGAAAAGGAAGCAGCGAAGAUAUAGGACCACGUUCACCAGCUUCCAGUUGGAGGAACUCGAGAAAGCUUUCUCGAGGACUCAUUAUCCCGACGUGUUCACCAGAGAGGAACUCGCCAUGAAGAUCGGCCUUACGGAAGCACGAAUACAGGUUUGGUUUCAGAAUCGGCGAGCGAAGUGGCGGAAACAGGAGAAGGUCGGGCCUCAGGCACACCCGUACAACCCGUACCUUGGAUCAGGUGCACCACCGCCGUCGGCGGUCGUCGCGCCGACCUUGCCGAACCCUUUCGCCCAUCUGGGCACGUUCGCCCUGCGGAAACCGUUCGACGCGUUUCGUUACCCGCCCUUGGGUCACGGCCCGAUCCUUCCUGGUAGUUACACCGGUCAUCCCUAUCAUCGGGCACCGCCACCGUUGCUACCGCCCGGGAUGCCGCUACCCUACACGACUUCCGCGUCCUUUCAGAGUCUACUCGCGAACAUAUCCGCCGCCCAGAGACCGAAAUUGGUCCGCGGCUCGCCCCCACCCCCGGCGCCGCCACCGCCGGCACCGACGAUCACGCUGCAGCACCCAUCGGUCCAGUCGCAAACCCCCAGUGCCAGUUCACCUCAAGGUUCGCCCACGGGGAGCGUCGGUUUACCAGAUAUCGACAGAAGAACCAAUAGCAUCGCCUCCCUCAGACUUAAGGCCAGGGAAUACGAGCUACACCUGGAGAUGCUUCGCAAAAACGGUGAUCUCAUCAGCUGAAGUGGACUCUCCGAUGAAGAUUCAGAAACGCGUCAUAAUAGGUAUGCGAAGUUGCGAACGAUUUUAUAUCGGGUUCAAUGUCGUAAAUAGCGAGCUGCGUGAUCAUCCAAGUUUUGGACCAACUGGAGUAAACUUGGAGAAUAUUAAAGCAUUAUGUACAUGAUGUACGAUCGUUGUUCACGAUCGCCUUAGGAUGUAUUUAGUUUGACGCUGAUCGGGAACUGAUUUUAUCGCCGCGUAGCGAGACAAGCAAGGCGUAGGGGAAUUUUCGGGGAGUCGAAUCUACGAUGACGCGAUUAAAUUAAGACGACGAUGAAAAGCUUUCAUACAAGGUAUGAGCCAAAGAACUUGCUCUGAACUCUCUGGUACCGUCGAUCGCAUUUAUGCAAAGGAAGGUUGAGAAACAAUUGUCCGUCUUACUGUGAUUAUUUGUGCCUUCGUUAUCGACGUAAUUUAAUCGUAAUAACAAUUGACGAGACUUUCGAAUUCUAUGAAACAACGAUUCUCUUACGUACUCGACUAUAUUGACGUCCUUUAUCAUCAUCGUUUUGAAGCCGAUCGGCGAUUAUGAAAUUCUAAAACUCUUGGAUAAAAUUUGAUCGCGUAGAAUGUAAAUUCUUUUUGCAACGUAUUUACAUGACUAACGAUUCGUGCGAGUCACGUCUACGUUGACCAUUCGAACGAUCAUUCACUAAACUCUUGUUCUUCGAGUUUUCUAGUGAUCGUUGGUAUUGUCAUUGCUCUUAGCGUAGAUUGCUGCCGAACAGAUCAAUUCAAAUUUCUCAAAAGGGCUUUCUCAUUAUUUGAAAAGGGAACAACGUCCUCAUAUGCACAAACAAAUCCGUAUCAGCCUUCCUCAUUCUAAAUGCUCACAGACACAAACGCCGAUCACAGCGUUUCAGACGAUCACCGAAGGUGAUGAAGAAUCAACGACGAAAAUCUAUUCUUCUUCGUGUACAGUACUGUAUAUAAUUUACGGUAACGGUGAGACGGCGCGCUUCGAACCACUUACAUCAUCUAUCAAUGUUCGUAAUAAGUACCGCGAAAAUUUCUGAAAGUUUAUUGCGAACGCAAAUCUUGCUAAAUUUUUCAAACGUGUCUUACGAUUAUCAUAAUUUGCAAGAGAACGAUAAAUGUUCGUCAGAAAUUUUCAUGGGACUUCGGUAAAGCGUCCACACAUUUGAAAUGCGAUCCGCGAAACGAGUGCUCACCCAGUAACGAUAACUAAGAUUAAUUUUAAACAAAGCAUCAUCGAAAGAUGUCCGUCCAGAAAUAUUUUAAACCGUCGCGUCGCGACAGAAAACUUUGUUCGCGCGAAUGCUUUAAUAAAUUUUUAAAUAAACAGAGAGAACGUAUAUCUACUAUGUGCGUACAUGGAAAUGAGCUGAAUAAUUUUUAAAACUCCGUCGCGACCGAGAUAUUAUAUUAUAUUAUAUUAGCCGUACGACGCGCGUAUAAUUUCUCUAACUUUUUACAUACAAAAAAUCAUCGUACGAAUUUUAGGUAAGAAUUUAAGGAAGGAAAUACUAUUUAUACACGCGCUCUAUAAUUCUUGAAUGUUGAACGAUAUUACGAUGUAAGUUUUACGACUGUAUAAGUAGUGUAAGAUGGCUGUAAAUAACUAACGUAUGCGUAAAUUUUGCAGAAGAGACUUCAUUUUUUAAAUACUUCUUCAACCACUCGUAGUACGAUAUUUGACCAUUUAAUUCGGAGGAAUUGAACUCCGUUCCAGAUUCGAAGAUCUCGAACAAAAAGCGAAGGUGCAAACGCCGUCGAUCUGUAUUUCAUGUUCCGCGAGUAAAAUGAACAUCGAUGUCCAUUGUACUUAAUUUAACCCUUGUAUCUUCCUUUUUCAUUGCGACAAAUAAAAAGAAAAACAGAAGAGAGGGUAAAGCAAGAAGAGAAAGAUGUUCUUCACUACAGAGUCCCUUCUAUUGACUAAAUAAAGAUGCCCGUACAUAAAAAUAA